AUGCUGUACCUUGAUCAAGGCGAAGUGAAAUCACAGACCAACACACAGACAGAGGACUUUCACCAAGAGCGAGCAAAAUUGAAGUACGCAAAUCCUAAAUACAUCGCCGAUGUCGUCGUGUUCACCGGGAGGAAGAGCAGGCACGACCCCUACUUGACCAACAUGACAGGUACUUUGCUCAUGCCCUAUGGAAAUAAUGUUACGUUCGCAACAACUUUAACGCUAAAGUCUGGCGGUGACUUCCGAAUAGAGUCCAAAGUGUGUGAGACUAUCAAGUACAAAUGGAUGAAUGAAUUCAUGAGCUCAUUCACCAACUUAUCACUAAAGAAGUGUCCCUUUCCAGCUGCUAGAUACACAUAUAUCAACAUGGAACUCCCGCCAAAAAAUAUUCCCCUCCCGAUAGCCGACGGUGACUAUUGGAUUAAGUUUGAAUUAUACCUCACCUCCACAAAGGAACCUAUUUUGGAAAUCGACACGCUCUUACAUUUUGAUAAAACUAAGAAAAAUUCUAAAAAAAAUAAAAAAGGAAAACAUUAA